GUGUGGGAAGUGCUGAAAUUUCAGAACGUCACUGCAACGGCCGCAGUUGGGCACGGAGAUACAACUGCGGUUACUCGCAGUUGGAUAGUUGAAGAUCGAAGAGGAAAACUGUCAAACCAAGGACCAAAAUAUAUCCAACCCAAAGUCCGGAUACAAUAGCGGAAAUAAAAAAGUUCACGUUUCGCUCCGGUUUAGUAGUUAGUUCAAACGGAUUUUACAGCUUAACUUCAGAUCGCCAGGUCAGGUGUAUUUAUUCACACGUUGUAACGCAUUAUUUGGCUAUUUGUCUGAAUUGAACAGCGAUUGGGGUGAUUUCCAAUCAUACAGCUAAAUGAUUAUGGAGAAGAAGAGGAUGGAUUGCCCCUCUCUGCCACCGGGUUGGAAGAAAGAAGAAGUGAUCCGGAAGUCAGGGCUCAGUGCUGGCAAGAGUGAUGUCUAUUACUACAGUCCCAAGGGGAAGAAGUUCCGGAGCAAACCCCAGCUGUCCCGUUACCUAGGCAACACGGUAGACCUGGGAUGCUUCGACUUCCGAACGGGCAAGAUGAUGCCCAGCAAGCUGCAGAAGAGCAAACAGAGGCUACGGAAUGAGAAUCUCACCAUCAACAAGGGUAAACCAGACCUGAACACAGCACUUCCUAUCAGACAGACAGCCUCCAUCUUUAAACAGCCCGUCACCAAAGUGGUGAACCACCCCAGCAACAAGGUGAAGACAGACCUGCAGAGAGCCACAGAGCAGCCCAGACAGCUGUUCUGGGAGAAGCGGUUGAAGGGCCUGAGGGUGUCAGACAUCACAGAAGAGGUGCUCAGGACCAUGGAGCUUCCCAAAGGUUUAACAAGUGUGGGUCCAGACACGUCAGACGAGACGCUCCUCUCUGCUAUCUCCAGCGCCCUCCACAUGAGCUCCUCCCCCAUCACGGGACAGACGACCUCGGCCGCAGAGAAGAACCCUGCUGUCUGGCUCAACACGUCACAGCCCCUCUGCAAAGCCUUCAUAGUCACAGACCAGGACAUCCGGGAACAGGAGCUGAAGGUGAUCCAGGCCCGCAGGUGUCUGGAGGAUGCACUGAUGGCAGACGGUUUGGCGCGGGCCUCCGAAUCCAGCAGAGACUCAGAGGACAAGGCUGCAUAGGAGACCAGAUAUGGGUCCUCUCUACCACAGCCAGGCUCCACAAUGCUGAAGAUAAAGACUACGUAGUGCGCUACGUAGUGCGCUAUAUAUAGGAAAUAGGGUGCCACUAGGGACUAGGGUUGCAAAGGGAGGGUAUAUUACUGGAAACUUUUC